AUGGUGGGUACUGGAAGCAGACAAAGUGACAAACAAAUCAUUACUGAAGAAGCAGAUAAACCAUACAAAGUGACAUGCUAUCUUGGGUACAAGUUAUUUCGGUGUAUAUCUUGUGCACAUACUGUGGCGAGCGGUGACCAAAGAACUGCAAACGAACUGCUCAAGCAAAUCAAGCAACACUCUUCUCCCUUUGGAGACGGAACACAGAGACUAUCUCAUUACUUCGCAAACGCCCUCGAGGUGCGGUUGGCGGGUACUAGGACACCUGAUUACACACCCCUAGUGAGCAAUGGGACAUCGGCAGCUGAUAUCUUGAAAGCUUACCGGGUAUAUGUCACAGCAUGCCCUUUCAAAAGGAUGUCAAAUGUCUUUGCUAAUCGAACAAUUAGGAAACUGGUGCUAUCCCAGAAAGCAACAAGAGUGCAUAUCAUUGAUUUCGGCAUUCUCUAUGGUUUCCAAUGGCCCUGUCUCAUCCAACGUCUCUCUGAAAGACCUGGUGGCCCUCCCAAGCUUCGUAUAACUGGGAUUGAGCUUCCCCAACCGGGUUUUUGGCCUGCGGAAAGGGUUGAAGAGACAGGGCGUCGCUUGGAAAACUAUUGCAAGAGAUUCAAUGUCCCUUUUGAAUACAGUAACUCAACGCCAAACACACAUGAAUAUCCCAAAAAUGACUAA